AUGGAGCCAUCCUCGAUCUCCCCACCGCCAGCUCCGCCUGCCACCGCCGUCCCCUUCCCAGCUGACCCCAACGACCACCUCCCGCCGCCCAUUGCCGAACCACCGGCCAACCACCCACCCUACGCUGAGAUGAUAUACACGGCAAUCGAGGCGCUGAAGGAGAAGGACGGUUCGAGCAAGAAGGCUAUAGGGAAGUACAUGGAGCAAGUUUACAAGGAGCAGCUUCCACCGAAUCACUCAACCUUGUUGACUCAGCACUUGACUCGGAUGAAAAACAGUGGAAUGCUCGUGAUGGUGAAGAAGUCCUACGCGCUUCCUAGAUCUGCUGCUGCUGCGGAGGCCGGUGCGGCUGGGCCGUCUGCUUCAACCACUCCCAGGCCCAGAGGGCGGCCUCGCAAGGCCCAAACCCCUGUCCACAACUUGCCUCAGCCUCUGGCUCUGGCGCAAACCGAGGACGCUGUAAUCCCGUCGGUUCAGCAGAAUGCUGAGCCUGUCUGGGCCGCGCUUGGGCUUUCUGACGAGCCUGUGCAAACUGAGAGCACCAAGAAACGUCCGGGCCGUCCGAAGAAGUUCGCCACAGGGGGCUCUGGAACGGGCCGGAGAGGCCGUCCUGUUGGUUCUGGAAAAGGCGCGGGUCGUCCUCCUAAGCCUAAGCCCAUUGCUUUAGAUACUUCUGCUUCUGUCGGGCCGAAGAGACGCCCGGGUCGCCCGCCGAAGAACCAGACCCAAGCAACUCAAAUCCCUUUUGCUCCAUCUACACCUACUGCAGCUACCGCACUGGACUCGGAGCCCGUGGCUGAACCGGUUCCUGCUGAGGAUGGAAUUUUACUCGGGCCUAGAGUACGGGCACGACCGAAGAAGUUUGCUGAUGAGAUCAUUUCCUCCGGACGAGGCAGGGGAAGGGGUCGCGGACGAGGCCGUGGGCGUGGCUUUGCUUUGCUGCCCAGAAGGCCCGGAGCUAGGUCCGUCGGUCGUCCUAGGAAGGGGUCAACUUUUGCUGGACCUUCACAAAAUGCUGCUAAUGAAGAGCUCAAGAGGAAGCUUGAACACUUUCAAUCGAAAGUGAAGGAAUCUCUGGCAGUGAUUAAGCCUCAUUUUAACCAUCAAAGUCCAGUCACUGCAAUUGCAGCUAUUCAAGAGUUGGAAGAGCUGGGAACUAUGGACCUCAAUGCACCACUAAGGGAUGAUACAAUUCCACAGCAACAGGAGCUGUCACCGCCACAGGCACCAGUGCAGCUACCACAGCAACAACCUCCACCACCACAGCAGCAGUCACCACAGCAACACCUGGCACCACCACCACUGCAACCGCAGCCACAGCUAUUUCAGCAACCAUUUCCCUCAUUUCAGCUGCAGCAGCCAUUCCAUCAGCAGCAGCCACAGCUGCCGUUCCAGCAGCCACCACAGCAGCACCAGCUAUUCCAGGCACCACCAUCGCACCACCAACAGUUUCAUCCUUAG